AUGUUCUUAAACAAAGGUGUAAGAAGUCAAAUAAUAUCUUCUUUAAUCGCUACCCUUGGAGCAAUGGUUAUGGGUACGAUACUGGGCUGGACAUCACCAGCAAACGAAUUAUUACCGAGUGGAGUUGGAUUUUUGAUUACCGUUGACGAUUUAAAGAGUUUUAGUUCCAUUUUUGGCAUUGGUGCAGUUUUCGGAGCAUUACCUGCCGGGAAAUUAUCUGCAACGAUCGGCCGCCGUUACAGCAUGGUAUUAUUUGAGAUCCAAAUCAUCAUUGGAUGGAUUUUUCUUACCAUGGCCAAUGCAUCAUGGAUGUUAUUGGCAGGUAGAGUAAUACAGGGCAUCGGCGUUGGUGCACUGUGUACCAUCAUACCGACCUACGUUGCCGAAAUUUCUCAACCACAUAUUAGAGGUACUUUGGGAACGAUAUUUCAAGUCUAUGUAGUAGUUGGAAUUCUUUAUUCAUUCGUAGUCGGCUCGGUAGUUGAAUACGUUACAUUUAAUGUAUUAUGUGGGAUUUGGACUUUAAUACAUGUGUUACUAACUUUUUUCAUACCUGAAUCGCCAUAUUACUUUUUAUAUUUGAACAAAGACGAAAGUGCUUAUGCAUCAAUGACGAAACUUCGUGAUGGAAAUGAUGCUGACAUUGCGGGAGAGUUGAACGAGAUUAAGAGGGAAAUUGAACUUCAAAAAUCAAAUCAAGACACAUUCAUUAAAGUGAUGGCUAACAAGGUGAAUCGCAAGUCACUUUUGAUCGGUAUAGGUUGUAUGUUUUUUCAGCAGACAAGUGGAAUAAAUGCUAUCAUCUUCUAUAUGGGUUACAUUUUUAACAAAGUUGGAAGCUCGAUAACCACAAACACUUCAGUUAUAGCUGUUGGAAUCGUCCAGCUGGUAAUGACAUUAGUAGCAAUGACGAUUGUUGACAAGGCAGGCCGUCGAAUAUUAUUGAUAGUUUCAGCAGUUGUGAUGAGUCUUAGUUUCUUCGGCUUAGGUCUAUACCUUCACAUGAGCCAUAAAUUCAAUAAGGAAUCAAUUUUUUCAUGGCUACCACUAAUUCUCAUCGCUUUAUAUAUUUCGGCUUUCUCUUUAGGGUUUGGACCUAUUCCAUGGGUAGUUAUGGGAGAGAUAUUCUCCAACGAAAUCAAACCAUAUGGUACAAGCUUAGCUACUGCCGUAAACUGGUUUUUGGUAUUUGCUGUCACGUUUUUAACAUUUGAAGCUACAAAUUCUAUUGGUUUUCUUGGCCUUUUCUGGAUGUAUAGUUUCUUUUGUGCAUUGGGUGCCCUAUUCGUGUGGUAUAUGGUCCCAGAGACGAAGAACAAAAGUUUGAAUGAGAUACAGUUGAAGUUAUCCGGUAACGAUAAUUCGCCACCAUCAACUAAUAAUGUUUAA